CUCAAUAUAUUCAUUUUGUAUAGUACAGUCAGCCUAUUCAAAACCAAAAGCAGUCCAUAGAAUUAAUAAGUCGGAAAAUGAUCUAAAAUUCAAAUCGAACUUUUAUUCACUAAGCUCCAAGUCAAAUGAAUUUGAUUUUGUGUAAUUGAAAUAGUUCGCACAAAGUGAAGAAAACGUGAAAAAUCAAUAUCGAAUCCAUUGAUUUGUAGAUUCUAUUUUGGUUGAAAAUGUCAUUGUACAGACUGUCAGUUCGGUUGAUAUCAAAUAAUUUCAGCAACGAUAUCAAAAUCAAUUUUCGGAAUACAAAUCAGCAGAUAGUUCCAGGUGCAAAUAUUCAGACACAUCGGAAUUUCUGUGCAUUGCAAAAGAAACAUGACGUAAUGCCUCCAAACGCGAUGAAUGCACGGAAUCUCGCUAUUCAGGAAAUCACAAAAAAUAUCCAGCUUUAUUCGGGGAAACCGAGAAAAGCUGGUAUCGAUCCGAAAACUCUAAGAUUAAAUGAUCCCAUUGAUAAGCCUCUGGUUAUUAUGCUCAGCUGGUUGCUGGCAAAACAGAAGCAUCUAUCAAAAUUCGCCGAACUCUACAUCGAACAGGGCUACGAUGUUGUAACGGUAGCAAUCACACCGUGGCAGCUGUUGUGGCCUGCGAAAGGAACGCAAGUAAAUGCAGCCGAUUUGCUAAAAUUUUUGGAAAAUAAUCCGAUGUACAAUCCGUUGUUGUUGCACGGAUUCUCAGUGGGAGGUUACAUGUGGGGUGAAUGCUUGGUACAUAUGGCUCGCGACCAGGAGCGAUAUAGUUCCAUCUUGAAUCGAAUUUCCGGACAAAUUUGGGAUAGUGCGGCAGAUAUUACCGAAAUACCAGUGGGUGUACCAAAGGCUUUGUUCCCUACCAAUCAGGCCUUACAGAAUGCUCUCAGACAUUACAUGGUUUACCACAUGAAAACAUUCCAUGAUGCAGCGACCAUGCAUUACAUACGAUCUAGUCAAAUGUUUCACAGUACAUUGGUAAAAAGUCCGGCCUUAUUUCUACUUUCGAAAACCGAUCCAGUUGGUGCUGUCGCUUCGAAUCAGCGAGUCCGAGAAAGCUGGGAGUCGUUAGGCAUUUCUUGCUCGUGGAAAUGUUGGGACCAAUCGCCCCAUGUCGGUCAUUUCCACAAACACAGAGAGGAGUACGUUGAGACAUUGUUCAAUCAUUUGCGAUCGAUUAAUAUGAUCGGCUUUGCGGAUAAACUCAGAGCGAAAUUAUAAGACGAUUGACCAGUGACGUAGCGAAUUUUUAUUUUUAUAUUUGUGAGGAGGAGAGAGUUAACUUGAUUGCAAACUUGUAUGAUUUUCGUUUGAUAAAAAAGGGGGUAUUUAGUUGCACACUUUAAAUGUUUGAUUCCUUAUUGUUUAUUGAAAUUGCUCUAGGAAGUGUAAGUAUAGAUUAAUCGUCAGUUGUAUUACUAAUGUAGAUGAAAUUAAAAUCCUGUCUUUGUAUUACGAAA